GACAGAAGCCUUCCUAUUUCGGUGGACACAGAUCAACACCGAGAGAUAGAGAGAGCUGAGACUUCAAUAUUCUGCCUCACGAGUCAGAGCCAAUCUAGACUAAAUCAAAUAGGAGUGUUGCUUUUUAGAUUUAACGAUUUUAUUUCAGAUGUCUCCCAUUCCAUCAUUGCACUGGAGCAUGCGAGAGUGGGAUUAGGGGAUAGGCUAUAUUGCGCAUGGUGCAUUAUCAGAGGGGCUUUGAUAGGUCUAUGGGUUGUGACAGUCGGACUGCGCCUGCCUGGAAUACAGGUGUUCUUUGGUCAAAUAUGGACGCAGAGCACAUGAUGCAUAGUGAGUAGAUUGUCAACACUCACGACUUCAUCAUCUCAGUUAAACGCACCUCCUCCACCUCGGGAAAAUUGGUAUUCGGUGGAAGAUGAGGUUGUAGCGGCGUCUGUGAAGGGGGAUCUCAGCCGCUCUCGGUGGACUUUAGCAUUUUUCAUGGAUUAUUCAUCUCUGUGCGCCCUCAAUCGAAUGCAGUUCUGACCGUAUGGUGUUUGUUUAGCCUACUAUGGCUGUAGUGUAUCUGCGAAAUGCAUGGCCGUUUCGAUUUAACACCCGGUGAUUAUUACAUGCUGUUAUCUCAGUGAUCAUUCAUUCAGAAGAUUCCUCCUCAGUAUUAUUCGUAAUAUCUCUCGGAUACCCAGCCUACCAUUCAAUAAAGAUAAGGAAAACGGUGGCGGACCCAAGCACAGUGCAAGCUGCAAGGCUUUAGUAGGCUAAACACUCGCCCAGAAGGGAGCAGUUUUGUCGGGGAGAUCAUGUCACAUUGACGCGGCCGGGAUGUGCUUUGUGCUUGAUUAAAGCUCUGUGUGUAAACAGUUCGUAAAUGUAAAAACCUUUAGAGACUGAAUGAUGGUGCCUGGGGCUCCUACAACCAUGCUUCCCGCUUCCGAGGCUGCCAAAAUCUACCAGACCAACUACGUGAGGAACUCCCGCGCUAUCGGGGUUCUGUGGGCCAUCUUCACCAUCCUCUUCGCUAUAGUCAACGUGGUGUGCUUCAUCCAGCCCUACUGGAUUGGAGACGGGAUGGACACGCCGCAGGCCGGCUACUUCGGCCUCUUCCACUACUGCAUCGGAAACGGGCUGUCCCGGGACCUGACGUGCCAGGGCAGUUUCAUGGAGUUUAGCACCAUCCCCUCCGGAGCCUUCAAAGCUGCGUCCUUCUUCAUCGGGAUGUCCAUGGCGCUGGUCAUCGGAUGCAUCGGCUGCUUCACGCUCUUCUUCUUCUGCAGCACAGGCACGGUCUACAAGAUCUGCGGCUGGAUGCAGCUGGCUGCGGGUACGUGCCUGAUUCUGGGCUGUAUGAUCUACCCAGACGGCUGGGACAGUGACGAGGUGAAGAGGAUGUGUGGGGAGCAGACAGACAAGUACACCCUGGGAGCGUGCUCCGUGCGCUGGGCCUACAUUCUGGCUAUCAUGGGCAUCAUGGAUGCCCUGAUACUCUCCUUCCUGGCCUUCGUCCUGGGAAACCGUCAGGAUGGGCUGAUGGCUGAUGAGCUGCUGGAUAAGACUGGUAAUUCCAUAUAAACAGUCAAAUACUGUACAAAGGUGUCGGUGCCCGUCAGAGGUAAAGAUAAUGUAACACAACGUUCCAGCUUCAUAACUGUCACUCUGGAGGUGGAAAGGAGAGCUAUUGCUGUUGGAAAGAACAGAACGAGAAAAAUACGAAUUAAUGAAAGGAGGAGACAUCCACUCCAAGAGAACCCACUUAGUAAAGACCAACCCCUACGGCCCGUUCUCACCCAGACAUGACCUUGAGAGCAACAACAGAUGGAAGACUUCAUAUUGUUUAUGUACUGAAAUCCGUUACUGAGUGGACACAGUAGGCCGAUGACUUAACGGGCGGCAGAUAGCCUAGCGGUUAGAGUAUUGGGUCAGUAACCGAAAGGUCGCAAGUUUGAAUACCUGAGCCGACAAGGUGAAAAAAAAGUCUGCCGUUGUGUCCCCUGAGCAAGGCACUUAACCCUGAUUUGCUCCAGCGGCGCUGUACUACGAUGGCUGACCCUGUAAAACAACACAUUUCACUGCACCUAUCUGGUGUAUGUGACAAUAAAACAUAUUACCAAGUCAUAAGAGGAACGUUUUGUUUGUGAAAAAGAACAUGAGAUUCUGUCCCACCAUUCAAGGCCCUACCAUAGAAAAACACAAAUUAACCCAGUGUUUCCCAAACUCAAUCCUGGGAACCCCAAGGGGUGCACAUUUUGGUAUUUACCCUAGUAUUUGACCCAACUGAUUAAAAUAAUGAACUAAUUGUCAAGCUUUGAAAAUGUGAUCAGUUGGGUGAAAUGCUAGGGCAAAAACCAAAACAUGCACCCCUUGAGGUCCCCUGGACCGAGUUUGGGAAACGGUGAACUAACUCAUGACCACACAUGACCGCUAGGCUACAGCAUUGGAUUGUUCAGACGUCUGAUCAAACAGAGCUGUCGUCUUUAUUGUGUCAAACUCACCUCUGGACCACAUGUACCUGAACUGUGGAUUCCUUCUUGACUUGUGUUCCUCUCUUUGCUCUUCAUUGGACUCAUCAUUGUAAGACUGUUUACAGUGGGUGAGCAUGGGCCAUGAGAACUGUCUGGCUUGCUGAGCCACCUUACUGGACUCUGUGGUGGAAAGGUUAGUGGUACCCAGAUGCGAUGCUCCACCUCUGACACCACAUUCAAUGUGACUAAGUUGAAGGUAAAGAAGAAAUCUUGUAGCUGUAAUGAAUGACUGUUGUGAUAGAAUCAGCGAGGUAGAGGUCAGAGCCAUGUAGGACUAGAGGUCAAGAGCAGGCUGCCAAUCAUAGUGUCCUCGGCAACCCUGGAGAAAACCAUGCUGAAGAACCAUGUAUUAAGUAGAAGAAAAGGCAUAUUAACAAAUAGCUGUUCUACGUGUUGGAAUUUUAUUUGUCUCGACUAUGAUAUUUACAAUCGAUGCAGUAUGUUAAAGCUAUUGAUUCACUUUAGAUGUGUGUGCCAUACAAUGUAUACAGACAGUAUUGUAGAGUAUUGCCAUUUUACUAUGGGAAGAAGUGUUUCCAUAAAGUGUGUUGAAUUGUAUUAUCUGGGAAUAUAACCUUAGAAUCCAUCUGCAACUUUAUCACUAGUAGCAAUGUGUCGUUAACGGAAAGUCAUUCUUGCUCUCUAUUCCAGCACAUUUUAUCAAUGAAUGAAAAUACAAUUUCUUGAAGCUAAAAAUGUGGAUGUUAUGGCCAUUUUAAAGGGACAGAACUGUUUGAAAAGAUUAUUAGUCUCCAGAGCCCAUGUAAACUCAAGUCAUGUAGCUUACCACUGCCACACAAACAGGGCUGCAACACAACUUUAUAACCAGUAUGUCAGCAGUCUACUGCCAGCAGCAUAGCACCCUGCAUCCUACUGCUGGCUUACCCCUGAACCAAAGCAUGGUUGGUCCCAGUUGGAAGACCAGAUGUUGCUGGAAGCAGUGUUGGAGGGCCAGCUCAUAGCUGGUGAGUGUAGUGCUUUAUAAAUCCACUCUCAUUAUGUCAUAAAUGUGCCUAGUGUUCUUAUAGGGCUUCUGGGCUGAAACAAGCUCAACUUAACAUGUGAACCACAGGAAGCUGCUGUGGGGACGGCUCAUAAUAAUGUCCGGCAAUGGAAUGGCAUCAUACCAUUCCACUGAUUCCACUCCAGCCAUUACCACGAGCCUGUCAUCUCCAAUUAACCUCCUGUGAUGUGAACUAAUCAACAUGUGAACAUAUUCAUUCAGUCCAACCCCCACCUACCUUAUUUACCGGCUAGUCCAAACCCCACCUACCUUAUUUACCGGCUAGUCCAAACCCCACCUACCUUAUUUACCGGCUAGUCCAAACCCCACCUACCUUAUUUACCGGCUAGUCCAAACCCCACCUACCUUAU